AUACAUUCGUAUCAUAAAAGCACAUGCGCUUGAGCCGCAACGACACCUGUUUCACAUUCAGAAAAACAGUUUCCUAUCGUGAGAUUUCAACGUUUUCAUUUAAAAUUUUUGCCGGCUCGCCAUUCGGCUGAUAUCUUCGCUUUCAACGCCAUCGUCAACGUCUUCGCGCCGUUUAGUGAUAAGAAACGAGACGUAGCCGCGUGAUUUAAACGAACCAUUGAACAUCGAAUUAAACUCUUUCCAAAAUGCAUUGUUUUGAAAAAUUUAUUGAUCAAAAUAAUUAUUUUUGUCGUUUGAGAUUCACAGUGAUAAACGCUUUUUAUUUUCUAUAAGGUCGCAAAUGCGUUUAUACAUUUUUAGGAUCACGUGGUGUGAAGUGGACCUGCAAGUAGUUGUUUGAUUGACCAAUAAAACUGUGAUUUAUUAUUUUUUAAAAUCAUUUUUGGUUCGUGAAAAGCUUCUCUUUAUUAUCCAUUUUUUUACAUGAUUUGAUAUCGCUGGUACCUAUUUUUCAUCUAUAAACUUCGAAGACCACCAAGCUGCUCAAUUGCUGCUUGAAAAUAAAUCAUGUUCAAUAAUUUUGAAAUGCUCCGAUGAUAUUUGUGCUGCAAAUUGAAACAAAAUCGUCGAGUGAUGUCAGUUCCUGUGGACAGCAUUCAUUUCUAUAAAUCUGGAGAUUGAGAGAUCUAAGUUAUGCUGAAAUGAUAAUAAUGAAUCAGUGAACGUCACCAAUGGAGAGCGAAAUCAUGGAUCCCGAAUUGGAAGAAGAAUUGAAAAGAGAGAAUUGUACGCGUGGUGGUCUAGCCACCGAUAAAAAUGUUCCUUCAGAGUACUGCCCGAGAACAUGGGAUAGAGUUAUGUGCUGGCCUCCAACAGCUCCUGGUACUCAAGCAAUUCAACCUUGCUUCAAAGAAUUCCUCGGUUUACUAUAUGAUAGUUCACAAAAUGCUACACGUUGGUGUGAUGAGUUUGGCCAGUGGAAUAAAACGGAUUACACCGAAUGCAAAGAACUGGAAACUACUGAUAGUGGGCCGGCGAUAAUUUAUUAUACCGGAUACACAGUUUCCCUUGUAGCACUCUCCAUUGCCGUUUUCAUCUUUCUUUACUACAGGGAACUAAGAUGUCUUAGGAAUACAAUACACACCAAUUUAAUGUGUACGUACAUAUUAGUCGGAUUCAUGUGGAUUCUCACCAUCACGUUGCAGGUCAUGUUCCAAGGUCAUGUGUCGAUGUGUAUAGUUUUGAUAAUAUUAUUAAAUUAUGCAACAUUGACCAAUUUUUUCUGGAUGUUUGUUGAAGGAUUAUAUCUUUAUAUGUUGGUUGUGCGAACUUUCUCUACAGAAAAUAUUAAAUUAAGAGCAUACUUACUAAUCGGCUGGGGUAUUCCUGUGCCCAUUAUAACAGUUUGGAGUAUAGCAAAACCUUUCGAAACUUUAGAUGUUGAGGGAAGCAAUAAAGCGAUGGCAGAGCAUUGCCCAUGGAUGAUACCCAGUAUCGCUGACUGGAUUUUCAAGUUCCCAGCUUUAUGCAUUUUGAGUCUAAACUCAAUUUUCUUAAUCAGAAUAAUGUGGGUAUUGAUUAUCAAGCUGAGAUCGACUAAUUCAGCAGAAACUCAACAAUACAGAAAAGCAAUGAAAGCCCUGGUGGUUUUAAUACCAUUACUAGGAAUCACAUACAUGUUAACUAUCGCAUUACCUACACAAGGAGUGGUAGCUACGUUUCUACAGUUCAUAAGGGAUGUUCUUCUUUCUACCCAAGGAUUUAUGGUAGCGAUAUUUUAUUGCUUUCUGAAUACGGAGGUUCGAAAUGCAAUUCGACAUCGUGCAGAAGUUUGGAGAGAAAACCGUGAAAUUCAUAGCGAACGACGUCGGUAUCCCAGUAGUAAAGAAUCACCUUUUGUUGGAUCAGAAAACGCUGAAAAUAUGAGAUUAUUUGGAAACCACGACGGUAGCUGUCGAGCGCAUUACUUGAAACGAGAAUCGGGGGCUAGUGACAUGACAACUGUUACUUACAUUGGGUGCUCAGCUUCAACGAGCGGUCGUUGUCGAUCAUUAUCGGGCUCAACAGCCUGUGCAACAACAAUGGCCAUAAGACCCGGUAUCUUCAACUCUUCAGUUACAAAUUGUGUUUGAAAAUUUCAGCAUUUAACUUCCUCCUUACGUAUCAAUUACCCAAAUUUGUGUUAAUGGUUGUUUUUUUCAGCUAAGUAUGUGUAUACGCGUUUUAGAUGUUCCCGCCCUUCGUAUCUUUUAUCUUCGCGUUUUAUAUGCUGUAAUUUUGUUAUUGAUGUUUUGCGUACCUGAAACGAUAUCCUAUGUUCUUUUAAAUUCUAAUUCGUUUAUGCAUCUGUUUGUUUAAUAUAUGUUUCAGACCAAGAAUGAAAAUAAAAAUGUCCAUUAAUUCGUAUAUUGAAAAAAUGCCUGUGAUGAUCUCUUAUUCUAUAUUUUUAUGUUUUAAACGUUUCUCUCACUUGUACUCAUUUAUACUUAUGUGUAGGUUAUGAGUGUGUUGCAAAAAAAAUUGACGUGUUCUACUAUGUGUGGGUUUUCUUCUUUUUUUUUCAAACUACUAAAAAUACGUGUGAAAGCUUUUUUUAUAAUUUUUAAAUCAUUUUUGUACAACGCGAUUUGUUUUAAUUUGAUGUUAUUCAUUUUUCGUUUGUGAAUGUAACUUUAAAAAAGCAAAUUCAAUUUUCAUAAUUAUUAAAGUACGAAAUGGGAGCGGAGAUAGUAUGUCAAAAUUUAUAGGAAUGCCUAAAAAAAGAAUACUUCCUGGUUCAGAUCACAUUCAGAUUAAUUUUACUAUUUCAUAAAUUCUUCAAAAAAAUUUCUACAACAAACGUGGUAUGAAAACCACAGGAAACAUUCAAUAAAUGCAAAACUUUCAAACCAAUUCAGAAUUAUUAUGAAACGAUUGUAAAAAUAACAAAUGUAAACAUUACAAUUUUAAAACUUCAGAAAAUUCAUUCGAAAUACUAUUAGUUUAAUACAUAUAAAUAAUAAACUCUUCCGUAAACUAAUAACGAAAUUACAAAAUUUUUGAACGUAUGUCGGUAGACAAGUAAACAUUAUAAUGUAAACACACAUAUCAUGAACUCAUCGUAUUGGAAAUGGGAAAAAAAUAUAUAAAAAUACUAAGGUUAAUUUAUCAGUCGUUCCGAAUGACUGUGAAACGUUCUGUGUUAUUUUAAAGUUACUACUGACUAUUAAAGAUGAUAUAUUUUAUAAGCGAUGUUUUGUAAUUAAAUUAUCAUCCAUUGGAACUCUUUAAAGGUUCCUUUAUAGCGACCAUAGAAAAGUUUCACAGAAAAGUUAAAUGCAUAGAUUCAAAUGGAUGUAUUUAUACUUUCCAUAUAAUUUUCUCCAGUACUUAGAAAAAUGAACAAAAUAUAAAAUUAAGAACUUUUUAUCAAAAGUGAAUAAUCAUUAGAACUUAUAAGAAAUGUCUUCAUUUUACAAGUUUAGAGGUUGAAGUCUUUAAAAUUGAGUUCGAAAAGUUCCUCGUUUUUUCUGUAGAAAUUGUCUAUGGUCACUAUAUAGGAACCUUGAAGCAGUAAAACGUUUGACUUUUUUAAUAAUCCUCGUACAAUAAUUAUCACAAUUUUUUAUUUAAAAAAUCAAUGCUCGCCGUUGACUUUUGAUACUUAUAGGAAAAAAAACAUUCAUCUUCAAAUUUAGUGUUCGGACCUUCUAAAUAAUGAAAACUUAAUGAUACUUCAACUCAACGUCGUCGUCCUUUUUACUGCGUUCUUCCAAAGGAGGUAAUUUAAAUAUUUCUUUCUUUCCUUUUUUUUGUAUAAAAUGUAAAAUAUACGUAUGUGUUCAUAAUAA